AGAAAGGUGAACUGGAAGAAGAGUGAAGCAGCAGCUGCACAAGCAAGUAUUAUUGUACUCAUGCUGAUUUUGCCAAUACAUCUAAAGUCCUGGUUGAGUAAAGUUCGUUUGUUCAACACAUAUAUCUUCUCCACAUUCACAAAGAGAUUGUGACUCACCUGUGCAGUGAAACCACCCCCUCAGAAAUUCACCAAUAAAUGCUCUGAUUAUUUCCAUCAUCUUAGAAGUGAAGAAAGAAAAAGGUGUAACCACUGAAGCCUACUGACAUACUAUUGUAAAAAUGCAGUUUGUUAAAGAGGAGAGUGAAGACAUGAGUGAUCCAGAGUCACACAGAAUGAAAAAUGAAGAUACUGAGGAACAAAGAGACUUGAUUGAAGUGAAAGAGGAAAGUCAAGAACUGAAUGAUGUGGAGGAGAAAAAUCAGUGUCAAGAAUUUGAGAAUUUAAUGACUAGAGAAGAAUAUUUUAGUGGCUUAAAGACUGAAAUAAAUUUCUCAAAGAAAAUAACUCAAAAAAUAAGAGUCAAAAAUUAUUUUACAUGCCUUCAAUGUGGAAAUAGUUUCUUAUAUAAAAGAAACCUUAAGACUCACAUGAAAAUCCACUCUGGAGAAAAGCCCUUCACCUGCCAUCAGUGUGGAAGGAGUUUUACAUAUAGUGGGGAUCUUAAGCGACACACGAGAAUUCACACCGGAGAAAAGCCUUUUGCAUGCCUUCAAUGUGGAAAUAGUUUCUUGUAUAGAAGAAACCUUAAUAUUCACAUGAGAAUACACACUGGAGAGAAGCCUUUCACAUGCCAUCAGUGUGGAAAGAGUUUCACAGAGAGAGGAGGGUUUAAGCGUCACAUGAGAAUUCACACUGGAGAGAAGCCUUUCACAUGCCAUCAGUGUGGAAAGAGUUUCACAGAGAGAGGAGACCUUAUAAAUCACCUACGACUUCACUCAGGAGAGAAGAUUUUUACAUGCCUUCAAUGUGGAAAUAGUUUCUUAUAUAAAAGAAACCUCAAGACUCACAUGAAAAUCCACUCUGGAGAGAAGCCCUUCACCUGCCUUCAGUGUGGAAAGAGUUUUACAUAUAAAGGAAAUCUUAAGACUCACAUGAGAAUUCACACGGGAGAGAAGCCUUUCAUAUGCUCUCAGUGUGGAAAGAGUUUCACACAAACAGCCCAUCUCACAAUUCAUCUGCGCAAUCACUCUGGAUUAAAGCCAUUUAAUUGUGAUCAGUGUGGCAAGACAUAUACGCGUGCAUCACAUCUAAAAGUACACAUGGCAAGUCAUACAAAUGAAAAGACUUGCGUGUGUUCUUUUUGUGGAAAGAGUUUCAUUACAUCAGCACAUGUGAAAAUCCAUGAGAGAGUGCAUACUGGAGAUAAGCCAUACCACUGCACUUCGUGUGGGAAGAGUUUCACCCAAUUAAGUAAUUUACAGACUCAUUUAAAAAAGUGUUUUUCAAAGUGAGCAAAGUUAAUUUCAGGUACAACAAUUUCUGUGUUGUAACUAGAGCUAUCAAAAUUAAUCCGUUAAUGCAUGUGAUUUAAUUUAAAAUGUUGGUAACACUUUACAAAAUGGUUCCAUUUGUUAACAUGAACUAACAAUAAACAAACCUUUUACACAAUUUAUUAAUAUCGGUUCAUGUUAAUUUCAACAUAUACUAACAUAACCUUUGAUUUUAAAAAUGUAUAUUUUAACAUUAGUUCAUGCACUAUGAACUAACAUUAACAAUGAACAAUUGUAUUUUUAACUAACAUUAAAAAAUAUUUAUAAAUGCUGUAAAAAUAUCUUGUUCAUUGUUAGUUCAUAAUACCUAAUGCAUUAACUAAUGUUAGCAAAUUGAACCUUAUUGUAGUGUUACCAAAAGGUUUAACACGUGAAUUUUUAUUAAUCAAGUUUCAAGAUCUUUAUUGUCAUCUGUGCUUUUUUGCACAAUGAAAUUCUUUUGUAAACUCCUCUCAAAAAACAGGGGUAACAGGGCAUAUAUAUAUAUAUAUAUAUAUAUAUAUAUAUAUAUAUAUAUAUAUAUAUAACAUUUUUUUUUAAAAAACAAUGUAAUAAAAUAAAAAGCAAUAUAAUAUAAAAAAAAUAUGCACAAUAAAAGCAAUACCCACCUUUAAAAAGAGAUAAAUAUAAAUAUGAAAAGAGAUGCAGUGCAGGUACUGAUAAAGUGACCAGUAGUGUUAAAGUGUCAGUGACUAUCAUUGCAUUAUGGAAUGUGUGUAUAAUAGUCCAGUUGGUAAAGUGCAGUGUAGUUUAGCAUGGGGAGGUCUUAUCCUGAUGGCACCAGUGGUAGUGGAUGGCGACUAUUGAUCAUCCUGAUGGCCUGGGAAUAUAAGCUGUCCAGGAGUCUGGAAGAUCUGGCUGCAGUAUUUCAAUACCGCUUGCCAGACUUCAUGAGGGUGAAGAAUUUAUAGGCAGGAUGGGUGAGAUCACUGAUUACAUUACUAGCCCAUUUGAACAUUCUUUUAUUGUAGAUGUCCUGGAGUAAGGGGAGAUUCAUCCCUGUGAUUUUCUGGGCUAACCGUAACACCCUCUGCAAUGCCUUCCUGUCUUGUGCUAUGCUGUUGCCAUACCACACAGUUAUGCAACAGGGUAACACACUUUCUACAGUACAUCUGUAAAAGUUGUUGAGGAUUUGUGAUAACAUACCGAACUUCCUCAGUCUCAGAAGGAAGUACAUCCUCUGAUUGGCCUUUUUAACCAACUGCGUUGUGUUCUUUGUCUACUUUAAGUCCUCGCAGAUGUGGACACAGAGGAACUUGUAGCUUUCCACUCUCUCUGCCUCAGAGUCUCCAAUCAUUAGUUGCCAAUGGAAUCGCUCGCCCCUCCUCAUGUCCCAUCCAUCUUCUUGGUCUUGCUGAUGUUCAGUGUGAGAUUGUUAGUCUCACACCAUGUGACCAAUUCUGACACCUCUCUCCUGUAGGCCGUCUCAUCAUUGCCUGUGAUAAGACCAAUGACUGUGGUGUUAUCAGUAAACUUUAUGAUGACAUUGUUGGGUUGGGCAGCAACACAGUCAUGUGUGAAGAGAGUGUACAGCAUAGGGCUGAGUACACAGCCUUUAGGUGUGCCUGUGUUCAUGAUGAGGGUGCUAGAGGAGUGUUUUCCGAGAGGAACAUGUUGGGGUCUACCAGUGAGGAAGUUCUGUAACCAGUUACACAGUGUAGGAGGUAACCCUAGGUUGUGCAGGUUAGUUAUGGGUAUUGAGGGGAUGAUAGUAUUAAAUGCAGCGCUGUAGUCAAUAAAAAGUAGUCUGGCAUAACUGUCCUUAUUUUCCAGGUGGGCUAGUAUUGUGUGUAUGCUAAAUGAGACCGCAUCCGCUGUGGAUCUGUUUGUCCUGUACGCAAACUAUAGUGAGUCCAGGGUUGCUGGUAUAAUGCUCAGGAUGUGGUCCUUGACGAGGCUCUCAAAACAUUUCAUGAGAACCGCUGCAGUUCUGGAAACAUCCCAUUCAGUACAUGCAAAGCAGUCUUUCAGUGUCUGUUCAGCUACCUCAGACCACACUCUGAUUGUUUUCUUCACUGGGGCACACUGUUUCAGUUUCUUUUUAUAAACUGGAUAUAAGAAGUGUGUGGUGUGGUCUGAGCAUUCGAGAUGAGGUCGGGGUUUAGCUUUGUAAGCUCUCUGUAUCUUGGUAUAUACAUGAUCCAUCGUAGCAACACAUUUACCAAUUUUCACAUGUUUCUAACAUUUUAUUCAGCUCCAUGUGAGUUAUAAAAACUGGUUGGAGUAGGGCAAAACCUUUGCGACGUGUCCGGCGGGGACAUCACACUGAUGUACACACCACAAACAAACACAACAGUGAUUCCAUGUCAAUGAUCAAGUGAUGGAGGUAGGACCUCUUUGUACCCGUUCCCAUUGAGCCUUCGAAGCAUCAAGGUCAAGGUCAACUUUAUUUAUAAAGCACAUUUCUAAUACAACUAAUGUAUCCCAAAGUGCUCUACAAAGAUAUUUUCAACAAUAAGAAGCAGAAAUAAAAUAAUACAAAAGUUAAGAUAAAACCAAUCCCCUUCUGAAUGAGACGCAAAAGCCAGGGUAUAAAAGUGACAGGGUUGAUUUAAAAGCAUUGAGAGUGGGAGCUGAGCUAAUUCUCAAUCACCUUAAUGUUUUAGGCAUGACCGAGGUAUCUGAAGAAGGAAUUUAUCGGCAGAUCUAAGAUUCCUUACAGGCUGAUGUAAAAUCAGCAGAUCUGAUAAGAAGGGGCGUGGCCAGUUAAAGAUUUAAAAACAAAUAAUAGAACCUUAAAAUGGAUCCUGUAUUUGAUGGGUAACCAGUGAAGAGAGGCCAGAAUAGGGGUAAUACUGUCUCUCUCUCUCUCUCUGGCGCCAGUCAGUAAUCUUGCAGCAGCAUUCUGUACCAACUGCAAAUGGUAUAAAGAUGACUGGCUGAGGCCCAGAUACACAGCAUAGCAAUAAGCCUAGAUGAUACAAAAGCAUGUAGUACCAUCUCCAUGUCUUUAAAUGAGAGCAUCGGUUUUAACUUUGCAAUUAACCUUAGUUGAAAAAAGCUUCUUUUCACCACCGCACUGACUUGUUUCUCAAAGUUUAGCUCAGAGUCAAAGACUACACCAAGACUUUUGCAUAAGGGCGAACGGCUCUGGAGAAAGACCCCAUAUAGUAAAAAAUUCGAGGGCCGGUGCUAAGAGAACCAAAAACAACAAUUUCAGUUUUGUUCUCAUUUAGAUGGAGAAGGUUCCUAGCCAUCCAACAUUUUACAUCUUCAAGACACACAUUAAUAUUUGCAGAGGAGCCAUUAUCAGGAUGCAGUGGAACAUACAGCUGUGUAUCGUUGGCAUAGCAAUAAGAAAUAUGAUAUUUCUUAAAAAUAGAACCCAAAGGUAUCAUAUACUAUGAAAAUAAAAUAAGGCUUAAAAUAGAACCUUGAGGCAGGCCACAGGAGAAAGGCACAGGGGGAGAUGUGUGGUUACCAAUUCUAACUGCCAAAGACCUGCCUGUCUGACCUGGCUGUGCCACUAAUACCAACCUCCUGCUUUAAGCAGGCUAAAAGGAUGCUAUGAUGAACUGUAUCGAACAGCGCAGUUAUAUCAAGCAAAAUUCAAAUUACUGUGCUACAAGAGUCCAAAGUAAGCAAAGGUAAUUUGUCACUUUAAGAAGAGUGGUUUCUUUACUAUGACGGGGUCUAAACCCAGAUUGGAAUUUAUCAAAAAUAUUAUAUUCUGCUUAAAAUGAGGAAAGUGUGAAAAGACUAUCUUCUCAAGAACUUUCAAUAAAAAGUAAUUGUAGAGAGAGGUCAAAAGUUGUUAAAGUUGGUAGGAUCAAGAUUUGGCUUCUUAAGAAAAGGCAUAAUCACUGCGUGCUUAAGGCUGGAAGGAACAACGCCAGUGCUUAAGCUAUUCAUAAUGGCCAAAACAGAUGGACCAUUCAAGCCAAGCACAUCUCUAAAAUGCCGUGUGGGCAUAAUAUCCCAAGGUGAAGAAGUGCGUUUCAUCUUAAAAAUUAUAUCUGUAAGCUUAGAAAGAGAGAGGGGGGUAAAAAUGAGUUAACUGAGCAGAAUAAGUAGGAAUAGAAGGAUCAUAGCUCUUAAUAGAAAUACAGGAAUGCAGAGCAGCUACCUUGCUCAUAAAAAAAAUCUAAAAAGAUUACACAAGACUCAUGGGUAGCAUCUGGAUAUGAAGUAACACUGGGAUUAAUUAUUUUGUCCAAAAUAUUAAACAGAACAUUUGAGUUAUGUGAGUUUUUAGAAAUUAAAUCUGAAAAAUAUUUAGUUUUCUCAGCUUUUACAGAGAGCUGAUAAGCAGACAGACUGUUCUUUAAGAUCUCAUAGGAUACUUGUAACUUGUCUUGUUUCCAUUUGCAUUCAGCUUUCCGGCAUUCCUGCCUAAGGGCUUGUGUAUGGUUAUUAAACCAAGGCUGUGUCCAAGGUUUGGGAGACUUGGUUCUAAAACGGGAAAUAGAGUCCAGAAUAUUUGUAAAGGUCUCAUUAAACAACAUAGAAAGCUCCUCAGUACACAAACUAAUCGAAGGGGCUUCCAUAAUGCUAGAUGCUUUAGACUCUGAAAAUUCCAUUGCUGUGAAAGAAGAGAUGGGACAAAAAUGAUACCGAGGCUUGUGCUCAAUCAGAGGAAUAUAUGAAAAUAUUGCAUUAAAAGUAACAGCCAUAUGAUUAGACAGACAAAAUUCAUUGAUAUCAGUAUUACAUAUUGGAAGACCAAGGGAUAAAACAAGAUCAAGCGUAUGUCCGUGUUCAUGCAUAGGACCAGUAACUUGCUGUGUAAAGUCAAAUUAAUCAGUGAGUUGCACAAACUCCUUCACCAAAUGAUGGGAAGGGCAACAAACAUGAAUAUUAAAGUCACCCACAAUGAGAAGUUUAUCUGCUGUAGGGAUGAUAGUAGAAAGAAAAGUCCCAAAUUCAUGAGUAAAGUCCUUUUAUGAUAUCUAGGUGCAGUGUUUCCCAUAGGAUUUUGUGAGACUAUGGGGGUGGACCUCCGACCCUCUCGGGGGGUCCGGGGGCAUGCUCCCCUGUAAGAAAAUGUUGUACAUUUUAAAGUGAAAUACUUCCAUCUGGUGCACUUUGAGAGCAAAAUUAAGAGGCUAGUGUUGUGCUCUUGUAAACAAUUUUGUAGCUGACUGAACUGACUGGUGCGUGAGAGAGAGCGCAAAACACAACCUUUUAUUUUAUGUUAUUAUGAGACUGAGAAGUGCAAUUAUAAUAUGAUACAGUAUUAUUUUUAUAACUUUGAGGAUUUGUUGUAUGCAAUAGUAAUAUAUUUCUGUCUUAUUUACUUUUUCACCUGGAGGCUGCAGUGUAUUGUUCAGCAUUUUAUUUUAUGUAAGCAUCGUAGGCAACAUUCAUAUCAGUAUUGUAACGGUAAACAUACAAGGCACUGUGGCCCCUCAGCACACUAGAGUAGAAGGGGGGGGACAUUGCCAUUUAUCAAGCGCUGAAACUUUGCUUGAUGCAGAAUAAUCUGGAAUCAUGUUAAACUUUGCAACCUGAACUUGUUCAGAACGUUAAAUCUUUGUGACACCUGCGCUAAAAACAAUCAAGAUGCAGCCCCAUGAAUGAAACACAAUGCAGGUGUCUCGACAUGCGUUUUUGAAACCUGACGUUCUUUUUAACUUGACACUAUCUAAAAAUGUGCCGGUCCUGCGUGAGACACUGAAGAAAUAGCGAGACACGGUGCAGCAGGUAUGGACGAUUGUCCAGUGUGUGUUUACAAAGGAAAACAAUGGAAAAACGGAGCAGAUGCAUGCAAAAACACGUGCAGUGUGAACGGCCCGUAACACAUCCGUUUGUGUGAGUGAGAGCGCAUGGGCGAAACAAGUUUGGAAGUCCUGUAUAUUUUUUCAUAAAUUACAAACCCAAACUCAAAGUCCUACUUGAAAAAGUGACCCGCAACCGGCGGACCUCUAACGUGAACUGCUCUAAGAGUGCUGACAACAGUGUAUUCACGUGUGUACCCAGAACAAAAUGUCACCCCUCAAGUAGUUUUUGCUGAGCUUUCCUACCAGGGCAGGAGCCAAUUGCAUGGUUUGCGUAGUGGUUAAAUCCGCUACUAAUGGUGCUUCUUUCAAUGAAAAAUACAGCCGUUCGAGCAGCAAGCAACCACGGGAAAAGGUGAGGAAGCCAGAGAGUUGAAAAAAUGCUCUCCACCGGGAUUUCGUCUGCACAGAUCCGGAACAAAGAAAUGUAAAUUAAGAAGGGAUUGACGAUCAUAAGUCAAUGCAGCAGUAGUUUUCAGAGCAUAGAGGCACACCACCAACAGCAGUAAAUAUAAAACAAGUGGCACAAAUGAGAAACGACGGCAAUCCAACAACCAUCCAGGUACCAUAUUGAAUCCUAAAUGUUAAUGUAGUGUUGUAGUACUUGAGACCAGACCAUAUUUUUAUGGUUUUGAUCUUAUGGACUCUGGAGCAUUUGGACUCAGUCUUGACUCGGACUCGAACAAGUGUGGACUCUGACUUUACCCCGAAACCAGUUGAGUCCCUUCAAAAAAAUAUACCAUGAGCGCUCUGACUUAUCUGAAAAACAUUUUUCUGACUGACAAUUUCAGCGAUAUUGUAUUUCCCGCAUUUCUGUCAGCUGUGUUGAAUCUGAAUUAGUGAUACCCAGUUCUCUAAUGAAUAGGCCCUGUGGCAGUCUGAGCAAGAGAUGGACACAGUGGGUGCAUUGUCAAGGCUAGGAGAGGCAUUUAUUUGAAAUAAUAAUAAACAGAACAUUUUCAAAAAGGGAAAUAAAUAAUGUCCAAGAUAAAAACUGUCCAAAAUAAAGUGGAAUCUGGCGUCCUCGUGGUGAAAGGGGGGCGUUGUGUAGGAUGGGGAGUGUCCACAAGAUGAUCUACAUGCGCUCCCUUCCAUGAUCUGUGGGGUGAGGGGUGCAGCUCCUUUGGCCUCUCAGCUUCCCUGGGCUGUGGCUAGUGUGAGGGGAAAGGUUGCCCUGCAUCCAUGCCCAUCGGCCACUAUGUGUGCUCCAAUUGUUGAAUUAGUUGCGACGCCUGGUGGGGUGCAGGUCUGGCAUGCGUCUAAUUCGUCUGGUACCCUCCCCACUCUGCUCCUGGAUCUGCGAGGACGCCAGUGUGUGUGACCAGGAGAAAGAAUUCGUCUCCCUGAGUAGAGGCGCGCUCUGCAUUUUAAUGGAAGCGUUGAUGUGGCUCCACUCGCAAGAGAUGUGCCUAUUCAUCUGCUGCCCAAACAAGGCUCAUAAAGUUACGCCUCUCCUCGACUCCAGCCCACUCCCAUUGUGAGACUGGCUGAAGAAUGGUAUAUGUCUCAUCACUGUCACGACUGCUAUGUUGAUCGGAACUGCACCCAAGAAUUUCACACACCAUUGCACUUGUGUAUAUGGCUGUGUGACAAUAAAGUGAUUUGAUUUGAUUUGAUUUGAGAAUGGCCCUAAGAGGCGGGGCGAUGAUGACGAGAGGGAGGGGUGGGUCGUUCCACCACAGCCCUUUUCCACUGCAGAGACUAAAGUCAGUUUUAGGUACUUUUCCCCGGGACUACUACUAUUCUGCGUUUUCACAAUUGAGGAACUAUAGCGCCUUGUAGCCAUUUUAAAGGACAUUUUUAGCUUCUACUCCAGGCUUGGUACUUUUGUGGGCAUGGAGGAACUGUGGGAGGUGCUGCAACCUAUGAUUGGUCAAAAACCUAUGACGCACAAAACACUGAGAAAUGCAAAAAGGCAUUUGUAAACAGACUGCUAGCUGCUAGCCUGCUACUCAAAUGAUUGCGCUAAUUUUACAAUUCCCUGAUUUACUUAAUGGAAAUAACAAAAUAAAUUAAAUAAAAAUAAAUAAAAGUAUUGAGAGAGAUGGAAAAUAAGAAUUCCUGUUUUUAUUUGCUUUUACAAAUAUACUAUGUAUUUACCCUGAAUUAUUUUUACUUAUUGAACUUAUAUGUAACCUUACAAGUUUAAAAUGUUUACCUUGUUUCAUAUAUUUUACAAUUUAUGCUUGUUUGACAUACUUUUACUGUAGUACCUUUGAAUAACUAUUAGAUGGCAUCAAUGUAUUAGUUUUGAGGGCAAUGCUGAAACUGCAAUAAUGUAACCUUGGAGUAUGCAAAGGCCUCUGUGUGUUUGUUACAGGCAGCUGUGUGUUUAAACAUACAAAGAGAAAAAGUGCAGGUGUGGCAUCAGUGUGUGUGUGUGUGUAUAUAUAUAUAUAUAUAUAUAUGAAAGGUGAAAGUCACACUCUCCCAACAACAUAAAGAUAUACAUAUUUGGACAGGGGGAUGGACCAAACAGCCAGUGAACAAAAAUGGAGCAUAUGAAAAGAUGUUCAACAGGAGGGCACGUCCUUGGAGUGUUGUCUUUUAAUAAUUGUGGUGUUGGCAUGUAUAAGCAAUUUUUAUGUUCAAUAAAACAACUAAAACAUU